AUGUCAGGAAUUGCUGCCCAAAUUUCCAAAGACAGAGACAGAGCACAGGGUGUUGGGUCUCACCACGAUCCUGUGAAAUAUUUAAACCAAGAUUUCAAUGAGCUGAGGGCUCAGUUGUUGGCAUCUGGCAAAUUAUUUGAGGAUGAAAAAUUCCCUACAUCCUCAUCUUCUCUUGGAGAGACAAAUGAAAUUAUUGUGUGGAAGAGACCCUCGGAAAUAACAAAAGAUCCUCAGUUUAUAGUUGGUGCAGCAACUCGUGAAGAUAUUAAACAAGGGCGCGUUGGAAAUUGCUGGUUCCUCUGUUCACUUGCAUCUCUUACAAUGAAUGAAACUUUCCUGACCCUUGUGCUUCCGCUGGACCAAAGUUUUCAGGAUAAUUAUGCGGGGAUCUUCCACUUCAGGUUUUUUCGAUUUGGAGAAUGGGUCGAUAUUGUUGUGGAUGACAGACUACCAACAGUAAAUAAUGCACUGUACUACAUGACAUCCGAAACUGUUACAGAGUUCUGGAGCCCACUUCUUGAAAAGGCUUACGCCAAGGCCAACGGAUCCUACAGGUCCCUGAAAGGAGGUUUCGAAGAAGAAGCUCUUGUGGAUUUCACGGCAGGCUUUUGUGAAACAUUUGUGUUAAAUGAACAAGAUGAAACCUUCUUCCAGAAAAUAAAGGAUUCUCUGAGAUCUAAUCUACUAAUCACUUGUACAACACCGGUGUCAUAUAAUAAUACGACAGUAAAGCUGAUCCGAUACAGAAAUCCUUGGGGGUUUUCAGAAUGGAAUGGAGCUUGGAGUGAUAAGUAUGUCCAAAUUCCUUCUAAUAUUUACUUUACUGAGAUUGGAGAACAAAAGAGUAGCGGUCUUCACUGUUGA